GUAAAGGUAAACCAAGAGGAUUACAUAGUGCUCGUAAGUUACGUACUCAUCGUCGUGAAGAACGUUGGGCUGAUAAAGCAUAUAAAAAAAGAGCUUUGGGUACUGCUUUUAAAUCUUCACCUUUUGGUGGUUCUUCUCAUGCUAAAGGAAUUGUUCUUGAAAAAAUUGGUGUGGAAGCAAAACAACCUAAUUCUGCUAUUCGUAAAUGUGUUCGUGUACAAUUAAUUAAAAAUGGAAAGAAAGUAACAGCUUUUGUCCCUAAUGAUGGUUGUUUGAAUUAUAUUGAUGAAAAUGAUGAGGUUUUACUUGCUGGUUUUGGUCGUAAAGGAAGAGCUGUAC